AUGUUAAUAUAUGCUUGUGGAUGUAUUGAGCCAUACGUUCAUGACAAAGCUUACAAAUUCAACCCAAUUGUAGAUGUUGGGGCCAAUAAAAUGGGUAGGAAAUUCAUAGAAAUAAUUACGAGGGGUAUGUUGACAGGACUCCAUUACGGAGAGAAAUAG